UAGAUGUGUGCGUGUGUUUGUGUGCUGUUAGGAAGGGGGCAAAACGGUGUUUGGAAGGGACAUUUGAUGAUUUUGAGUGACAUUUCAUUUUCGGCGCGCGCGAGCAAAUUGCCCUCAGUGUUCUAAUGCCAACCCCGAAGGGUGGUGUUUGUUAUUUAUGUUUGUCGCGAUUACUCCGAGUGAAGCUUUGUCUAAUGAAAGGCUACACUUUUCAAACGGCACGGCUACGCGCUGCUCCGGAGCCGCGCGAGGAAGCCAUUUUGGAUUUCCCUGUUGGGUCUAGGAUUGGCUAGGGUUGGAUGGGCACUUUUUGCCAUCAAACGAGAUCAUAUGAAAGUUACAGAAAACCUACAAACGAUGCAUUGUAUGGGUUAAAACAUUCAGCAAAUUUCGUAAACAAUUGGUGCGCCAACCUUGGACAUUUGUAGCUUCGAUUCCCUGGUUGACAGGGGCUGUCAUGCUGCCGUUAUUGGCAAACACAUUCAUCAAAGCGCGCUUGUGCGUGUGCGUGCCUGCGGCCGUGUCUGCGCAUGUGGUGGUGUAUUUCACUGUCGACAAUUUAUCGUCAAUUCCAUAAUUAAGCAAUAACUUAAUUUUAAAAAAAUCAGCAUAACGCCACAAUCAAACAUUUUUUGGUGUCUUUAGUUUUAUUAUCAAAUCUUUUUAGAAAAAAACAUUUUUGCUUAAUUUGACAUAACACAUAUGUAGAACGGGGCACGCAAACGGGGCCCCCUUUGACAGACAGCUGACACAUUGCACGCACACACCGAUACGCCUGUACGCCUUGGCUGUGGAAGCGGACGCACCGCCGCCAUUUUGUACUUUUCCCUGCAGUCGAUGCUGCAUUUUUGCCGCGUUCGUGCAAGGCAACGCGUUGUCAGUGCUGACAGUUCCGAAGUGGCGAUCGGUUGGCCCCUAGCAGACACGCACACACAUACACAUACGCUCUUCACGCAUUCUCCACUGUCCAUCGAAUAUUUGACAGCUAAAUAACACACAAAAACGAGAAUAUUUGGAAACAUUCCACUUCGCGUUAGAGCGGACUAAUUCAAUCCCAAGCGACGAGCCAGCCAUGGCUUGAUAAUGUUGCUGCGAUUGAUGGUAGCAAAAGGUUGAUGUGGCAGUGGUAGCCAGGGCCGGUUGGCCAGCAGUGAGAGAGCAAUUCGUGGUCCCAGUGGAAAAGCGGGGUGCCACAUUCAUAGCAAACCGUGCGUGUGUGGGGUGUUUCAAACGAAAAACGGUGGUUGGAGUUUCAUUUUUGCUCUCUCCUCCCGCAGCAGCUAUCCCCUUCCGUAUUUUGUGUUCGUGCCACAGCAAGAGCGACUGUAGGGAGCGGAUCAGAAAUCGAAAGCAGUGACCAAACACAUAUCUCGGAAGUGUGGUGCAGAAGAUAAAACGCCACCCCGAAAACUUCGUCGAAGCGACUAGAAGUGUGAAGCGCAGCAGCAGCGACGCACCACGGGAAACCCACGAGAGAGAGGACAGCAGCCAGCAAAAGGACACACGGCUGCCGUGCGGUUGGUGGCACAGUGUGGUGUGUGUGUGUGUAUGCCUUUCCGAAGGCAUUAGAGUGCAGUGAAAGGGCUACGGGCACCGACGGCGUGCGUGUGAUUUCUCGCUGACACCCCCCGGAUACGCAAACGGCCUCAAAAUUGAGGAAAUAGAGGAAAUCGUGGAGACGGAGGUUAUCCUCUCUCCAGAUGAGAUGCACCAUGAGGAGUUCGAGAUCACGAUGGUCCCGAUGGAAUCGACAACCGUGCUGACCACGGGCGGCACGGGCACACUGAAGCGGGACGUGCGCGACAUGGUGCGGGAGGCCAACUUUCAGACCAAGCUGCUGAUGCAGGAAAACGAAGCCCAAGACUACCAUUUCCAGCAUGCGUCGAGCGCGGACGAUACGGAGGGCUCGGACCAGGAGCACACGCUGGGCGACAUUACGUACAAGAGCGAGGCGGACGGUAAUGAUACGAUGAACUCCAGCAACCAAAGCUCGAGCCGCAAGCGGCGCGGCAACCUGCCAAAGCAGUCGGUAAAGAUCCUGAAGCGAUGGCUGUACGAGCACCGGUUCAACGCGUACCCGACCGAUGCGGAGAAGCUGACGCUGUCGCAGGAAGCCAAUCUGACCGUGCUGCAGGUGUGCAAUUGGUUCAUCAACGCGCGGAGACGCAUCCUGCCGGAGAUGAUUCGCCGGGACGGGCACGACCCGAUGCACUACACCAUCUCGCGGCGGGGCAAAAAGCUGAGCGGCCAGAUGGUGGGGCUCGACGGGAUGAAUCCGCUCGCGAUGAGCCCCGCCUCGGAGGUCAUUGUCGGCGCGACGGAGGAGAUCAUCGAGGAGGAGGAGGUGAUCGAGGACGGUGUGCCACAGAUCAUCACCAGCCACGGGCAGCAGUACGUGCAGACACCGUCCGGGCUGGUGAAGGUGGAGGAAGAUGUGGACUUUGAAGAUCACAUCAUCUAUCGCUCGGAUGACAGCAACAUUGAGUAUGAGUACGCGCAAAGCGAAGAGGAGAUUCCAGUCACGGAACAGGGCGAAUGGGACGGUAUGAUUCGCUACGCGAAUGAAAAGGAUGAUGAAAUUCCGGAAGAAAUCACGGAAGAGGAAGUUAUCGCAUCGGAUGGAGGAGAGAAUGAGUUUUUUACCACGACGACACACACCAAUCUCGCGAAUAUACCCUUACAGCAGUCGUCGACUAACGUUUCAGGAGGUGUACAGCGAGUAAUUAUCGGCCAGUCGAAUGCCGGCAGUAACGCGAUCAGCACGUCACAGGGCGGCAGUACCACGCUCGGUACGCUGAAGCUCGGUGGCAACCUGACGGCCGUCCCGCUGCAGGGCGGCCUGAAGGUCGGUCCGAAAAAGCUGACCGUCGUGACGAGCAGCGGCAAGACGGCGACCGUGACCGCGACAUCGCUCGGCGACUCGAACACCAAGACGAUAACGCUCGUGCAGAGCGGCAGCAACAACAACAAUGCUGGAAACGCGAACAACAACAACAACAACAACUCCCAGAACACCAACGCGCACACCACGACGGCGGUCAAGGUAAAAGGUGUAAUCCGUGACGAUAAGGAUCAAUUCAAGUGUUUAUACUUGUUGGUGGAAACUGCGGUUGCCGUACGCCAGCGGGAAAAGGAACAGGACGAUGUGCACGUGCUGGGGAAUUAGAGAGAGAGCGAGAGCGAGAGCGAGAGAGUCCUACCGAGAAACGAUUGUUUGAGCUGUGGUGAACCACAACAGGCGCAGAAACCAGCCACCACCGGACUACGCACGCGGAAGAGGAACCAGCACAAUACAGCAUUUUGUGGCGCGUUUUUUCCUUGCAGUUCAUUGGAUGACGAUGUGGAUGGCGUUUUUCGUUCUGUUUUGCUGUAAUCAGCUACCCUUCCGGUAGAUGGUGGUUGUUCCUUCCCCUCCCCCAUAUCCCGAUUCUUUCUCCCUUUCGGUGUGCAAACUCCGUUGCGCAAAGAAGCAGCAGCAGCCAUGUGGUGUUUUACGUUGUGGUUAUUGGGAGGAUGGGCUUGCAGUGCUGGUCUGGUGAGAAGGGACCACCAGCUUUGUGGUAGAGUCAUCAAAUGUCGAAGCAAACAUGAAGCAAACUCUUAUUUGACGUUAGCAGCAGCAGAGAAUGUGUGUAUAUAUGGAUAUAUCUGUAUGCCUCCCCUCCCCUUUGUGUAAUGUGUGAGUAAGCGAACGAGAGGCCGGAAUGUAGAAGAAAACAUUCAUUUUAGUUGAAAGUAUCGUACAUCUGAAGGCGCUUACGCAGUUAUGUUUAAACUAUGGAGAGAGAGAGGAAAGAGCGAAAGAGUGAGGCAGAACUCUGUUGUGUGGGUUAGUUUAUUUAGUGUAAACGAGAACACCGUACCUUGAGCUUUGGUAAAGUCACUGCUACCAAUUGGUCGUUAAAAUAGUUACGUUAGGCUAUAUUUUCUUCUUCUUUUUUAGCGACCGCCAACGCAUUCAAAGAGAGUUGCACACUGUAUCGAGUAAGCACACCGAUAUAAAAAAGCACACACAAACACACACACUUAUACUUUUAUCAAAUCAAUAGUUCUUUUCAACGGAAUAUAUGACAACAGGACGAGCGAAAGGAUAAGAGCCUUGGAAGUAUGGGCAUGAACGAUAGCGUACAGGUUUUCGAUCCCAGCGAUCGAGACACAAGAACACGAACAAAAUGGUUUGCUUCCGAGCAUAUGCGGGUUUGCUUGAACAUCGCUCAUCCCUCAAAACACACACACACACUCGAUGAUAACACCUUUCUAGUGAUACACAGUUGUUUAUGGAAAGGCGCUUGCACACACACACAUACAGUCACCACGAUUGUAAUUACGUUGAGAUUCUGUCGAGAUCUUUUGCAAAAGUGUUGUUAAUUACCUUGACAUACAGAGAGAAUAUGAUUGACACAGAAGGGUUUCAGUUGGUCAACAUCAAUUGUCAACCAGUUGUACUUGUCAAUCUGUUGAUAUCUGUUCUGAUGUAUAGCGGAUGAAAUUAUCCCCACCUCAGGUGGUACGUACCAUUCGUUUGUACGUGCGUGAAGCGUGUUUUCUAUUGCUUUAAGCGUAUCUAACAGAUGCAUUCUCUGGUGCGCGCUCCCCGUUCCGUGUUAUAUAUUUACGCAAACAACCAGUUUUACUCUUUAUAUACAACCACCCGGAUCGCCAGUAAGACUGAAGAGGCAAUUUAUAAAUUCACUAUGUUUUUUUUUUCACAUCAAUCCCCCACUUCAUCUCCCAAACACGAAAGUGUUAUAUUGUACAUAACGGUGGCAGUGGGUGAAAUGCUUUUUUUCUCAUUUGCAAUCUAUCUAUUACAUUCUUUCAAUUCUAAAUUGCAAAAGCAAAAGUUAAACAACCUGCCUCUUCCUGCCAUGUUAAGAAAUUACUGUGGGGAACGGUGGUAGAGGCUUACUUUCAUUGGAGUCCCUUUUCCUAUAUUAAAUUUUAUCUGUUUCGGUUUUAUUUUUGGAAUUGGAAAAUGUGCUAGCUUUUAUCAGCGCGAGCAAUUGUUUUAGUGUGCGCAAGUGUGUGUGUGUGUGUUUUCGGCACAACUCAGAAAAGGGAAGAAAAAUGUACGUAACUUAUACCGUCGCACAAAUACAAUGCAACCAGACAAAGAAAUCGAACAUCUAAAUGCUCAAAAUGCUUUCUUUUUCUCCUUCCAUUGUACAUUGAGGCGUACGAAACGCGGGCUUCUGAAGGUCCUUUUCAAAUGCCACCCACUCUACCACCCACCCACCACACAGCCAACCACUCUCGGCUGUUGUCUCUUUCAUUCUGGCAACGGUUUCGUAAUUGAAAUUUAAUUUUUUAUCAAAAUCUCUCAAACACCGGCACCACCACAUGGUCGUCGUGUGUGUCCACUGCUCACACAGACCAUAGUGGACGCUGUUUGAAGAAGGAAUUUUAGCAAACGAAGAAAAACAACCUCCCCCUAAUAUGUAAGCUUUUUUUUAUACAUUACAACAUCACUGCAUAAAAACGGCGUGGUGGUGUGUGGUGUCAUCUCGUCAGUGUCAUACGCGUACGGAGCGGGGGAAGAGUGGUACCACCAACCCCACACUGCUCUACCUCUGUCCGUUUGGGAAGUGAGCGAGAUUUUUAAUUAGGUGAUGAUGGUGGCCCAAAUUAGCUUAUAAUUUAAUUUAUACAACAAUUGAGUUUCUCUCUUUCGCAUCGAGACUCUUGCCAGAAUGAGACAGCGUUAAAGUGGUCGGGUGGUCGGGGGUGGAUGAUGAGAGUAGUAUGCUGGUACGAUCAUCCUUCUCUUUCCCGCUAGCAGUAAGCCCCCUUUUCCCCAUUUACAUUUCUUUACAUGAUUGGGUGUGUGUAGUUGUUUUUUUUAAAUAUUAUUAGCAUGUAUUUUUCUUUAUAAAUUAAAUCCCCCCUUUUUUUCACUAUAAUAUCCCGCUCUCGUGUGUUCCUCAAAAGUGUGUUUUGUAAAACAUCUCCUUAACAUGUGCAAACUAAUUGGCCAAAAAAGAAAAAUGAACAGCCGACAGAGGGGAAAAGGUAGCAACCAAAAAAUGCAAACAACCGAUCGAUGCAGAGAGAGAGAUGCACGGUAGAGAAGGGAAGAACUUUAUGGUACAACAUUACUUCGGUGGUAAACACAAGUUUAGGCUUUAAGAGGGAAGAAGCGAAGAAAAUUGAUUCGACCGCGGGAGAACAACGGUUUUGUGCAACAGAAAAUCAAGAGAGAGACACACACACACAUAACACGGAAAAAAGCCAGACACAGACAGUGGCGUUGGUAUCGCUCAUGCAAUUUCUGAACGAAUUAUAAGUGUAAGAGAAAACAGAGACUCUCAGUAGUAGUGUGGUACUGCGCGCGGCGUUCGGCGCGGCGGAAACUAGGCCAGGAUACGUUUUAUAAAUAUUUGUAUAGAGAGACAAAGCUUACCGGGGGGGUUGGGGAGGAAAGGAGAGGAGGAACUCUCUUUCCUCCUUCCACUUCCUCCCCCCUUCCGGUAAACAGUGGUGGUGGUUGUGUGCGGGGCCACGCAUAUAUUGUUAUAAAAGAGCGCGAAAGUGCUUCUAUGUAGUGACAAAAUCGAAACAGCAAAACAAAAACAAAAAAGAAGAAAUUACAAACGCGAGUGAAAGAACAAGGACAUUUUACUCCUUCACCUUUCCCUUUAAACAAAACCUUCCUUUCUCUCUCUAGCCCGGCGCUUUACGUGCGGGAUAGCAUAAGCAGCGCGUAUCCGCUUUACGUCUUCACGCGAAAGUGGAAGAAACAAAACCUAGAAAAAGCUAAGAUCAUACACACACACCAACACCAACACAUGAACAGUCAUUCAAAGAUGCAACGGGAUAAAACACAGUCAAAGAAACAGAAGCACUACAUAGUUUUUUUUAGGGUGUGGAGGGAUUAUGGCUAUAGGCAGGGGUCAUAACAACGGAACUAAGCUCUCCUCUCCCACCACCGAGCAGGCCCUAAAACCACCUACCUACCACGGUUCUAUCGUUGUAGAAUUAAAGAAAAGAAAGGGGAGAAGUGCAAGCCACGACCCCCCGCCCUGUGCGAAAAAUCGAUUAUUUGAAUAAAACAAAAUGUCUUCAAUAAAACUUUAAACAAUCA